UCCAGUUUGGGGGCGUGUCCAGAACCCCGCGUGGUCCGGGGGCGGGGCCGAAGGAGGAAAAUAUAAACAUCUGGGCGGGGCGCUGCUUGUGAGCUGUGGGUGCAGGUGGAGGUUGCUUCACGUGAGCCCCCUUUUCUUUAUCCACGAAGCUCGUGCCGUGGAAACCUGAGGACAAGCCGGGAAGUUACUAAGCAAGGGUGCAGGCGAUCCUGUUUUACUUUCCAUACCAGUUGCUACCGAGUAAAAAGAGUAACAGCAUGCAUAUUCCCAGUGACCGGGGAAGGUGUACUUGAUAAAGAACUCUGGGAAUCAGACAGACCUGAGUUCCAGUCCACUUCUCUAAUCUCCUACUGAGCGUGCUUUAUUUCUUGAUUACAAAAUCAAAAUAAUUGUGGCUACCACCUGUUGACACCUGCUGCAAUAAAAUGCAUCAGACCCGUCGUUGCCUUGUUUAAUCAUUGGGAAAAGUCACAAAGUGACUAGAAGUGGAUGUUCGUGUUAACUCAGCUGCGGCAGGACUCCCUGAGCGGACGCCGCCAUGAAGAGGACCCGCGAUGAGGUGGACGCCACGCUGCAGAUCGCCAAGGUGAACGCGGCCGAGCUGUUGCCUGCCGUGCACUGCUUAAGCUUCGGCCCCGGGGCCGGCGGCGGCGACUUCUGCCUGCUGGAGCUGGAGCCCGCGCUGUGCCAGCAGCUGGAGGCCGGGCACAGUUUUGUGAUUCGUGGUGAUAAAGAUGAACAAGCAGUGCUGUGCAGUAAAGACAAAACAUAUGACUUGAAAAUAGCAGAUACUUCAAAUAUGUUGCUUUUCAUUCCCGGUUGUAAAACUCCUGAUCAGCUGAAGAAGGAAGAAACACACUGUAACAUUAUUCACUCUGAGAUCUUUGGUUUUUCUAAUAAUUAUUGGGAGUUAAGAAGAUGUAGACCUAAAUUAAAGAAGCUAAAGAAACUUUUGAUGGAAAAUACCUAUGAAGGACCUGACAGUCAAAAAGAAAAGGAUUCAAAUCGUUCAAAAUAUACGACUGAUGAUUUGCUUGAUCAAAUUCAGGCAAGUGAGGAUGAAAUAAUGACCCAGUUGCAAGUUCUAAAUGCCUGUGAAAUUGGAGGUUAUUGGAGAAUUCUUGAAUUUGACUAUGAGAUGAAACUUCUGAAUCAUGUAACUCAGCUUGUGGAUUCUGAAUCUUGGUCGUUUAAUAAAGUUCCUUUGAGUACAUGUCUUCAGGAACUUGGACCAUUGGAGCCAGAGGAAAUGAUAGAACACUGUCUUAAAUGUUAUGGAAAGAAAUACAUAGACGAAGGUGAAGUUUAUUUUGAACUGAGUGCUGAUAAAAUAUGCAGAGCAACAGCACAGAUGCUUCUUCAGAAUGCAGUGAAAUUCAAUCUUGCUGAGUUUCAAGAAGUGUGGCAACAGAGUGUCCCUGAAGGAAUGAUAACUAGGCUUGAUCAGCUUAAGGGUUUAGCGUUGGUUGAUAGAAAUUCAAGGCCAGAAAUCAUAUUUUUGCUGAAAGUUGAUGACUUACCUGAAGGUGAUCAGGAACGUUUUAAUAGUCUGUUCUCUAUAAGAGAGAAGUGGACAGAAGAAGAUAUUGCUCCAUAUAUUCAAGAUUUAUGCGGAGAAAAGCAAACCAUAGGUGCAUUACUCACUAAAUAUUCUCGUUCUUCAAUGCAGAAUGGUGUCAAAGUUUAUAAUUCAAGAAGACCCAUUUCUUAAAGGAACAACAGUCUUUUCUUUGGGACUAAAGUUGCUUUGUAAAAAUCCUGGAUAUUAAAGGACAAAAAUAUC